AUGAAGGGAACACUACUGUUACUUACAGUAGCCGUCCAGGCUCUCACCACGCUAGCCUCUGGAGGCCAUAAUCAGCAGUACAAGCAUGCUCAUCUACACCACCGGGAGGACUCUGACAGGUCAACCCCUGUUGUUGGGUCUGGCUCUGCGACUACCUUGGGGAGUAACGCGCAGACCGGCCUUAUCGACUCUGACACCUCCGAUGCAGCAGAAAAAGUUCGUCGAGCAUUAGCUGUGCUGGCGGUGAUCAACAAGGAGCGUUACGAAAAUGUCCGGUAUAACAAGUACGAGUUUGCGAAUGCGCAGGACGUCGUGGGGGAAAGGAUAACGGCUCCACCAUUGGACUACACUGCGGAUGCGGCCGAGAAGGUCGCGGCUGAGAUUCAUGCUCGGAAACGCGACUCUGGACGGAAUUCGUCCCAGUCGCUGGUGUACCGUAUUCCUCCGGAGCUCGCGGAGGCGGCUCGCAUCAUGGCUGAGGCAAGCCCUCCUGCCCCAUCUACCGGGCACGAAAGUGAUCUGGCCCGGGAGACAAAAGCGAAAUACUUCGUUCCCAGCAAUGACUCCAACGUCCCUCCUCAGACGUAUCGUCGCCCGGAUGGACUAUACGAGUACGCGGCUGCUGCAAACGACCAGGUCUUGCUCGGGAAUGCGCCGGCCGCUAGCUUGGUCAAACGAGACUCUUCUUCCCAAUACUGGCUCGCGAACAUGCAACAGCGAGGGUCGAGUCCCUACGCGCCUCCUGGGUAUCGGGUUUUUCGCAACGUCAAGGAUUAUGGGGCCAAGGCGGCAAUCAACAAAGCUAUUUCCGACGGCAAUCGCUGUGGUGCCGACUGUGGAUCAAGUACAGUGUACCCAGCCGUCGUUUUCUUCCCGGCAGGAACAUAUCUGGUCAGCAGCCCGAUUAUCCAGUACUACAAUACUCAGUUCCUAGGUGAUCCGGGGAAUUACCCCACGAUUCUAGCAGCAGCCAGCUUUGUGGGACUAGGAGUAAUCACAUCUGAUGUAUAUGUGGGAGACCAAGAAGAGUGGUACAUUAAUACAAAUAACUUUCUGCGAAAUGUUCGCAAUUUCAAGAUGGAUAUCACUCGGACGGAUCCCAAUGCAUAUGUUUGUGCCAUUCAUUGGCAGGUUGCACAGGGUACAUCGCUGGAGAAUAUCGAAUUCUACAUGUCACAGGCCGCAGGCAAUACUCAACAGGUCUGUGCUUAUAGUGGAAAGGGCAUCUAUAUGGAGAACGGUAGUGGUGGUUUUAUGAGCAAUCUGACGUUCGUGGGAGGGAACUUCGGAGCUUACUUGGGAAACCAGCAGUUCACUACAAGCCAAUUGGUCUUUGUACAAUGCAAGACUGCAAUGCAGGUACACUGGGACUGGGCGUGGACUAUGCAGGACGUCAUCAUCGAAAGCUGCGGUACAGGCGUCAUCAUCGUGGGUGGAGCAGGCGGCCCCUUCAGUACGGGGCAAGGAGUUGGGUCGUUUACGCUGGUCGACGCAAUCAUCGCCAACACUCCGACAGGCAUCACAACCUCACUUUAUCAGGACAACUCGACCGCAUUCCUCUUGCAGAACGUUGGAUUCUUUAAUGUGCAGCAGGCUAUUGUUGCCGAAGCCAUACCCGAACCACUUCUGGCGGGAGGGAACGAGGUCUUGGUAAAUUCGUGGGGAUUUGGAAUGUAUGCCAAUUCCAGCGGAACGUUCUUUGCACAACAGUCCGACUUGGCGACGAUGGAGCGUAAUGAAGCGCUCGUCGGAACUAAUUCAUAUGUCAAGCCUAAUUUUUUCACCCGACGCCGUCCGCAGUAUUACGACCUGAAGGGUAGUCAGGUCUUCGAUGUCCGUUCCUACGGUGCCAAGGGCGAUGGAACCACCGAUGACACAGUUGUCUUGAAUAGUAUUCUGGGCGUUGCAGCUAACCUGUCUGCAAUUGUAUACUUCCCAUACGGGAUCUAUGUUAUCAAGGAUACUUUGACUAUCCCUAAAGGAUCUCGCAUUAUCGGCCAAGCGUGGCCGCAGAUUAUGGCAAAGGGACCAAAAUUCCAGAAUGCGAAUCAACCCCAUGUCGCGGUGCGAGUAGGACAUGCUGGAGAUAUUGGCAUCGUCGAAAUCCAAGACUUACUUUUCACCGUCUCUGGACCAACGGCUGGAGCGAUUCUCAUGGAGUGGAACAUUCAUGAAUCAAUCCAGGGCUCUGCCGGACUCUGGGAUUCACAUUUUCGCGUUGGUGGCGCCAAAGGGUCUCAAUUGCAGAGUUCCAAUUGUCCCAAGCAAGCAUCUACUGUCAAUCCCAACUGCAUUGCGGCCUCGUUACUCUUGCACAUCACUCCAGGCGCGUCGGCGUAUAUGGAGAACAUUUGGGCAUGGACAGCAGAUCAUGACCUAGACAUAGCCUCUCAAGAUCAAAUCGACGUCUACUCCGGCCGUGGCAUUCUUAUCGAAAGUCAAGGUCCGACAUGGCUCUACGGGACCGCAUCUGAACAUAACGUCCUCUAUCAGUACCAGGUCUCGAAUGCAAAGAACCUUGUUAUGGGCAUGAUCCAGACGGAGUCGCCUUAUUUUCAACCUGUGCCUAAGGCUCCAGCUCCCUUCACCGUCGGCCUGUUCCCAAAUGACCCGACAUUUUCUGAGUGCUCGCCGAGCUCGCUCAAGUGCGCUAUCUCGUGGGCCGUUCGGGUCAUUGAAUCCUCCACAGUAUACAUGUUGGGCUCCGGCCUGUAUAGCUGGUUCUCUGAUUACUCCCAGGAUUGUCUUCGCACUGAAGACUGUCAGGAUCGAGGGUUCUACAUUGAAGAAAGCAGUGAUGUUUGGAUUUUUAACCUGGUUACCAAGGCAAUCCGCGAGAGCAUCAGCCCUAAAGGAGAGACGCCCUUAUACGCCAAGGACACCAAAAACGGCUAUACCUCCUCAUUGCUGGGAUGGUUCCGAGAGCCCACGGAAGUUAUUGGCGAGCGGAAUUUCACGGGCUACUACCUCUACAGCAGUCCAGAUUACGAUGACCUUCUUGAUACCGUUUCUAGCACAUGCAAGACGGCAAUGACUCGACUGAUCGAAUGCGCCGACGAAACAUACUCCUUCCUGCAGCCAGCUUGGCCCCAAGCCUACGGAAAUGACACCUUGGCUGACCUGGUGUGCGAUAGCCACUGUGAGAUAUCUAUCAAGACAUGGUACGAUGACGUUACUACCUACUGCAGCGAAUUCAAUACAAAGCAAGAUGUGAUGAACUACCGUGGGGGCAUUCUUUGGGCUGGAUGGAACCAGACUUGCCUCCGGGACCCUGACAGUGGGAGUUACUGCGGUGAUGUAAUGCAGAAGUUCACACCUGUUGACUUCGAACGAGACAUGCCGGAAUCGGAAAUGUGUUCGUACUGCUACACAAAAACUCUGGAGCUGGCACAAGCGUCGCCGUACUCCUUCUACGACGAGUAUUAUCAAAGCAUCCUCGAGCCUGUCCACUCUCGCUGUGGUGCCUCCGGGCCUACGGAUAUUCCGCCCGCUGUAGAGGAUCACACCGAGAUACCGACGGAUUUCUGUGCUUCAGACAUCUAUACCACCGCGGAGGGGGACACGUGCGACUCCAUCUCCCUCACCAACAGCGUCUCGUCCGCGGCUCUGUUCAUCGGCAGCGAGGCGAUACGCAACUGCAGCAACAUCGAGCCUGGCCUUUCUGUGUGUCUUCCAUUCCCAUGCACGUCCGUUUACGCCUUCUCCCCCAACGAGACGUGCACCUCCAUUGAGCGAGUGCUCGCCAUGAACCCAGGGAAACUCCGCCAGCUCAAUCCCUGGAUCAAUAGCGGAUGCACCAACCUGCAAGAAUGGAGCGUUACGUAUGGCCGCGUGCUUUGCGUAUCGCCACAGGCGGGUGUCCACACGGCGACGGUCCCCCCGGUGGGCGUCACCUCCUUGCCAGGCUCCAACAGCGGAUACGCAGCCUCUGUCGUCUCUCCUCCGGAGAAUGCUACCGUUGCCAACGGAACGACGUUGAGCUGUGGCCGGUGGCAUGUCCCGCGUGAGGGGGAUACGUGUGCGUCGAUUUGCGUGCAGGAAAGAAUUGAGUUCUCGCUCUUCCUGGCUGUCAAUCCGUCCUUGUCGUUGGAGAAUUGUACCGCUGAGCUGCUGCUCGGCGCUGCGUACUGCUGUGGCCCGGUCCAAGGCUGGGGGCUGGUUCCUCCCAAACCACCUAUGACUACGAUUCCGGACACGACUCCCACUCCUACUCCGGUUUGA